CACACACACACGCACACACGGAAUUUCUGCUCAGCCAUGGCUCCCUGGUAGAUGCUCAAAGCGGCUGUUGUCAGAGCGAAUUAAAUCCGCUCUCCCUCGCUGCAUUCCUCCUGACCUUGCCUGCCUCUGCUCGGGUUUUCAAUAUUUUAUUCAGGAUUCCUGCGCCGUCUCCUCAUGGCUACAUCAGAUGGACUAGACGGCUGUCUGCAACGAGGCAGAUCUCAAAGUGACCCGAACAUACUCACCGAACCGGGCAUCGAUUUGGCUCACGGCACAGUGGAGCUCGUGGACCAACAGAGGGUGCUGAGGACGGGCUGCCUGGUGUCCGGCGUCCACACUCCACCCAUACGACGCAACAGCAAGCUGGCCACGCUGGGGCGCAUCUUCAAGCCCUGGAAGUGGAGGAAAAAGAAAAACGAGAAGCUCAAGCAGAGUUCCACAGAUGUAGCAUUAUCCAGCGGUCUUCUAUGCCACGACCCAAACUCCCCCACCCAGGGCUGCUGCUCCGAUGGAGCCGUCCUGCUGGGGGGGUUCGGAGGACCUCUUCACCCCAACCUCACCGUCAGCAGCGUGGAGUACCUGGGUCCUGAGGAGGAGAACCCGGCCUCAGCAGCAGCCUCGCUCCAGAACUGUGACCAGGUGGAGGAAAACACGCCGCGGCCGGAGGAGGAGUCCGGCGAGCAGCUGCACCCUGCCGGGCUCUUUCCCGACGGGCUGCAGGACGCGGGGGAGCACGCGGAUGAGAGGCAGGAGGAGGAGCCUCCUGCAGGAACCUCCCCGCCCCAAGUACCUCCCAAGCUUUUGCCCCUGCUGAGCACGGGAGACGAUUCGGGCCCCGUCUCGCUCCCCACUCACCUGCCCAACUCCUACCUCCCCAAGGAGCCUCCACCCAGGGCCACAGAGAGUCUGGCUUCAAUGACUCUGCCUCUUCGAGGGCCCCUGGCCAAUUCCUCAGGGUCCCCACAUCUGGGCAAUAUGAUGCAUCCUCCCAUGCCCCCCAGCUGCAUUAUGGAGGAGCUGCAGAGAGCCUUCGCUUCCAAAAACAGGCAGGAGAGCGUCCAUGAAGGGUGUGAGCAGGGCUCCCCCCCUCAGCUGUGGUGUCCCGACGGGCGGCUCUCUCGCUCCUGCAGCUCUGAGAACCACCACCACCACCACACGUCGCCGUUGGUGGGCGGCUGCGUGGGAGGCGGAGGGUCCGACUGGCCCCGGAAGGAGGCAGAGGAGAACAAGGAGAACGUGCGGCUGGACCAGUGCUUCUCCAACACCUCGGGCCUCCCCACCGACCUGGACGGCUGGAACGAGUCGGUCAUCUCGGGUACGCUUCCUCGCAGGCUAAGGAAGGAGCUGCUGGCUGUGAAACUGAGAAACCGGCCCAGCAAGCAGGAGCUGGAGGACCGGAACAUCUUCCCGGCGCGGAGCGACCAGGAGCGCCAGGAAAUACGCCAGCAGAUCGAGAUGAAACUGGCCAAGAGACUGAGUCAGAGACCGAACGUGGAGGAGCUGGAGAGUCGGAACAUCCUCAAACAGAGAAAUGACCAGACGGAGCAGGAGGAGAGGAGGGAGAUCAAGCAGCGGCUGAACAGGAAGCUCAACCAGCGGCCCACGGUGGACGAGCUGCGGGACAGGAAGAUUCUGAUCCGCUUCAGUGACUACGUGGAGGUGGCCAAAGCUCAGGACUACGACAGGAGAGCAGACAAGCCUUGGACCCGGCUCUCGGCGGCGGACAAGGCCGCCAUCCGAAAAGAGCUGAACGAGUUCAAAAGCACGGAGAUGGAGGUGCACGCCUCCAGCAAACACCUGACAAGGUUCCACCGUCCGUGAAAACAGCAGGGACUUUCUUCUGUGAAGAAUUGCUGAGCCUGGAGAUUUUCUGAAGCUGCUGCGAGCUGCUCAGCGGCGACAGUUCAGCGAGCCUGGAGCCCGGUCGUCUUCCGCGUGUCUUAAACGUCCCUCCGACACCCUUGACUGCCGCGCCGUCGGUAUGAGGCGCGGGUGUGGGCCGGGGGGCGACGGCAGCGUGUCCCGGGGACUGCUGGACGUCGCCACAUGGGAGCUGGCUGCUGGAAGACUUGGAGCCUCUGACUCUUGGGACGAGAGCAGGGGAAAAAAAUCAAUCUUGUCAUUCAGUCGGUGUUGUUUUUUUUGUACUAUUUCAUGGACUCAUUUGACAUGGCGGUGUGAAUCCAUGUUGUAUGAAGAAGUUGUGCAUGUGAGCAGCUUCGCCUUUUCUUACUUGAUGAAUAAUGUGUCAUUUUGGACUGUGUAAAGACUGUGCAGUCUGGGGGGGGGGUUGUACGGGGCGUGAAUUUGAUAUUAACUGUACAUACAGUAUGUCCAUAUGAAUGGGACUGUCAAUGUCUUCACUCGAAAGCAAAAUACCUUUGUAAGCACUACUUGUCUUCAAAAUACAAGGUCUUUUCUAAGAA